AAAAUACAUUAUUGCAUACAGACAUUGUUUUAUUCUAGAGAGAGAAAUAGAGGCAAUAGAGAGAGAGACUGAGGAGUAUUUCAGAAGCUCACUGCUUCGCUGAUUUUGAGGCACCAAAUAGAGAGAGAAAGGAGUGCAGAACAAGUUUCACAUAGAGACACCGCUUGUGACAAACAAAAAAACUUUCUUAUUUUUACUACAUUUGGGCUUCUUUCCCUCAGAAAACCAUAUAUCUCUCUGAAGUUUCCAGAGCUGAAAGGAGAGAGCUAGAACCCAGAAAAGGGGGGCUUUUGGUUCCCGAAAUUGGGAUAGUUGAGAUAAUGCUGAGGAAGAGAAGCAGGUCAAUUCAGAAGGAUCAACACCAAAUGGGUCAUUUGCCAAUUGCUGAUGCUGGGUCUGAUGUUUUGGGACACAAUCCCAAAAGCAACUCUUUUUUCAGUGUUCCUGGUCUGUUUGUGGGGUUGAGUUCUAAGGGUUUAAUAGAUUCUGAUUCAGUUAGGAGCCCAACUUCUCCUCUAGAUUUUAGGGUGUUUUCAAAUUUGGGCAACCCCUUUAGGUCCCCACGGUCCAACAGUGAUGGGCAGCAGAGGAGCUGGGGUAGCAGCAAAGUAGGCUUAAGCAUCAUAGAUUCUUUUGAUGAUGAUGUGAAGUUUUCUGGGAAAGUCCCUCGUUCAUCAGAGAGUAAGAACAUUCUUUUUGGACCUGGAAUGAGGAUUAAAACCCCAGAUUCUCAGUCCAAUACCAAUUCUUUUGCUUCACCUAAAUCUCUACCUAAGAACUAUGCAGUUUUCCCUCAUUCCAAAAUCAAAUCUCCUCUAGAGAAGGGUAGUUCUGAUGUUCUUUUUGAAAUUGGAGAAUCCCCAACAGAGCCUGAGUCAUUCGGAAAAAUCCGGUCCUGUUCAUUGGAUUCUGGUAGGGCAUUUUCAACCCUAUCAGGUUUAAGCAACCUUAACCCUAACUCCACUUCUGGAAAUUUUUGUAUGGAAAGUUUAACCACCCAACCAUUUAUUGGAGGGAGCCCAAAUUUAGCCACCCAAAUGAAUACUGGAUCUAUUGGGUCUAGCAAUGGGUUAGUUGGGUCUCUCUCAGCUAGUGAGAUUGAACUUUCUGAGGAUUAUACUUGUGUAAUUUCUCAUGGUGCCAAUCCCAAAAAAACUCAUAUCUUUGGUGACUGCAUUUUGGGAUGUCACUCUAAUGACUUGAGCAAUUUUGGUAAGAAUGAGGGAAAGGAAAUUGGAUUUGCCCGCCCGGGCACGAGCUUGGGGAAUUUUGUUCAGUACCCCUCAAACAAUUUCUUGAGCUUUUGCUACUAUUGUAACAAGAAAUUGGAAGAGGGGAAAGACAUCUACAUAUACAGGGGUGAGAAAGCAUUUUGCAGUCUGAGUUGCCGCUCUGAGGAGAUUUUAAUUGAUGAGGAAUUGGAAAAAUGCAAUGACCAGUCUUCUGAGAAACCUCUUGAGUCAGAUGAGGAACUCUUUGAAACUGGCAUCAUUGCUGAUAAGUAAGAGACACUUCUCUUCUGCAGCCACCGUGCCCGUGAUUGAUGAGCCCGUCGCAGACGCAGCUGAUCAUCUGUUAACAAAGAGCUGUUUGUGUGCAUCGCUUGGCAGCCAUGGAUGAUCAUUUUGUAAAUUCACUCGUUUGUUAACCGUGUUUCAGCUUUCAUGGUCUUGGUGAAUGUUGGUUUCAGCUCAACUAGUUUUGCUUUCCAUAAAAUCAGACAUUGAUGAUGUAUGCCAUCAAAGUGCUAUUUCCUUGUAAUUCAUGUAGAAGGGUGAUAAGCCGACUUUUUUGGCUCCCUACUUCAAGUCUCUGUUGUGACCAGAGUUGCUGUGUAAUCUUGAACCAGUUUUUGACUGAAUA